AAAUCAAAUUGUUACCAUAAGGAAGGGCAUGAAGCACCUUGUAAAUAUGGGGAUGCUAUGUAUAUGAUGCUGUUUGGAGUUGUUCAGGUCAUAAUGUCAUUCAUACCAGAUUUCCACAACAUGGUAUUGCUUUCAGUUGUUGCAGCUAUUAUGUCCUUUACAUACUCUUCUAUUGGACUAGGACUUGGCAUCACAAAAGUUAUAGAAAAUGGAAGAAUUAUGGGGAGUGUAACCGGAGUACCAGCUUCAAAUAUUGCAGACAAAUUAUGGUUAGUCUUUCAAGCACUUGGUGAUAUUGCUUUUGCUUAUCCAUACACUGUCAUCCUCCUUGAGAUACAGGACACUCUAGAGUCUCCUCCAGAAGAACACAAGACAAUGAAAAAGGCCUCCAUGAUUGCUAUCUUGAUUACAACAUUCUUCUACCUUUGUUGUGCAUGUUUUGGAUAUGCAGCUUUUGGAAAUCAAACUCCAGGAAACCUCUUGACAGGUUUUGGAUUUUAUGAGCCUUAUUGGCUCAUUGACUUUGCUAAUGCUUGCAUUGUUCUUCAUUUGGUUGGAGGAUAUCAGAUUUAUAGUCAACCAAUAUAUAGUGCUGCUGAUAGAUGGUGUUCAAGAAAAUAUCCGAACAGCGGUUUCGUGAAUAAUUUCUACCAGGUGAAACUACCUAUGUUACCGGCUUUUCAACUGAACAUGUUGAGGAUAUGUUUUAGAACAGCUUAUGUGAUUUCCACAACUGGACUUGCAAUAAUGUUUCCAUACUUCAAUGAAGUUCUAGGAGUGCUAGGAGCAUUAGGAUUUUGGCCAUUGACUAUAUAUUUCCCAGUAGAGAUGUACUUUGUGCAGAAUAAAAUUGAAUCUUGGUCUACAAAAUGGAUUUUUCUUAGGAUUUUUAGCUUUGUUUGUUUUUUGGUGACAGUAUUGAGUCUUGUUGGAUCACUUGAAGGAAUCAUAAGUGAGAAACUAAGCUAAAAAGUUUAUACCAAUAUCCUUAAAAGUGCUUAAUUUGUUUAAGUUUGUUACUAAUGCUACAUAAUGUAAAAGGUUGUACACUUGUACUGCUCAUUGCUUCAUGAGAAUCAUCUAAAGAUUGCUACAUAAUAUACAAAUAUGUCUUAUGAGAAA